CCGGCCUCUUCAUUGCACAUCGCCACCCACCACGCACUCUGCUCCUCGACCUCUCCGCCGCCACCUCAUCCCGCGGCCCUCCGCAUUUCGCAAGCGGUCAACUGGACAAGAAGAAGAAGAAGAAGAAGGGAUGCAGAGCGCCGCACUCUCUCCCUCCUACACGCCACUCCUCCGAAACUCCAAGAAUCCCCCCACCCCGAGGCGAAACCUCCUACUCCUUCCCCGCAUCACCUGCAGAUCCCGCCUUCAACCACUCGCUGCCGCCGCCUCCUCACCCCAAGGCCUCCCCGGCGCACUCCGCCCCUUGGUAUCCCUCCCAUCCCUCUCGGAUCGAAGGCCCGAUGAUCGGUUUGCGGCCCGCGCGGCCUCCGUCCCUGAUAGCGCCUCCGCCGGCGAUGGCGCCACUGCUAGCGGCGGGAUCCUGCAGACGGUGCAGCUAGGGUCGCUCUUCGGCCUCUGGUAUCUCUUCAACAUCUACUUCAACAUAUACAAUAAGCAGGUUCUGAAGGUUUUCCAAUUUCCACUUACCAUCACAACAGUUCAAUUUGCCGUUGGAACGUGUCUUGUCCUAUUCAUGUGGACCACUAAUCUAUACAAGCGACCUAAGAUUUCUGCUUCACAGCUUGCUGCCAUCUUACCGUUGGCUGCAGUCCAUACAAUGGGUAACCUCUUUACAAAUAUGAGUCUGGGAAAGGUUGCUGUUUCAUUCACGCACACAAUCAAAGCUAUGGAGCCCUUUUUCUCUGUCCUUCUUUCUGCCUUAUUUUUAGGGGAGAUGCCUACUAUAUGGGUUCUAGCAUCCCUUGUGCCAAUUGUUGGUGGUGUGGCAUUGGCCUCUCUCACCGAAGCUUCUUUUAAUUGGGCUGGAUUUUGGAGUGCAAUGGCUUCGAAUGUGACCUUCCAAUCCCGCAAUGUGCUUAGCAAGAAAGUCAUGGUUAAGAAAGAGGAAUCGUUGGACAACAUAAAUCUCUUCUCCAUGAUAACUAUUAUGUCAUUUUUCCUCCUAGCUCCUGCAACAUUGUUUGUGGAGGGCAUCAAGUUUACCCCUUCAUAUCUGCAGUCCACUGGUUUGAAUCUUAAAGAGAUAUACAUGAGAUGUUGUCUCGCAGCACUGUGCUUUCACGCUUAUCAGCAGGUUUCAUACAUGAUACUGGCAAGGGUAUCACCUGUUAGCCACUCCGUCGGCAACUGUGUGAAGCGGGUCGUGGUCAUUGUGACUUCAGUCCUCUUUUUCAGGACACCAGUUUCCCCCAUCAAUUCACUCGGUACCGGCAUCGCACUUGCUGGAGUUUUUCUCUACUCGAGGGUAAAGAAAAUCAAGCCCAAGACUGCAUGAUUAGCUGCUUUUCUCAUUCCCUCUGUUACUAGGGAUUAGGCAAUUUAUGUUUAUCCUGCUUUGUUCUCCACGGCGUUCUUCUGGGUAUGGAAUUUGAGAACACUCUUGUUUGCUUGCGAAAUAUCUGGUGUUUUUCUUUCUAUAAGUUCUAAAUCGUGACAUGUUCUGCUGCAAUAUGAAGUAGGUGCUGUUUUUCCAACUUCUGUUUCUAGGGUUUGUAUCUUUGGA